AUAUCUCCAGAAAAUAAUAAAAAGAGAACACCAUCGAUUUUUAAGGCAAAGGAGAACCAUCCCCAUCUUAUCCUCUUUAGCUGUCUAUCUUCCUUCCUCGUUGGUUCGUCAUUUCCAUGCCGACAAACAAACCUCUGUAAUUUUCAGUCGUCAUCUUUCUCAGGCUCGAGACUCGUCACUGGUUGUUCGUUCUAUGUCAUCGCUGCUUCAAGUCUGCUUGUCUUCCUGUCGAGGCAUUAUGUACUAGAUCCCUACAUUGGAACACAAGGGAGGAAAGCCGGUGAAACCAACUUUCAUAACCGAUAAGGUGAGGAAGAGUUUCAGAACUUACUAAGAUACACCCUGUAUAUAAGGAGAAACUUUAAAUAAAUAAACAAAAUUGUGGGAAAGGUGAAGAGUCAUCAACUCAUUACUAAUAAUGGUUGUUCUAUCUGAACUUCCAGAAGGAUCUUCAUCUUCUUCAUUAACUCAUGGCCAUAGUUCACCAACUUGUGGUCGUAGUUCAUCAACUGAUGGCCAUAGAUACGAUGUAUUUUUAAGUUUUAGAGGUGUUGACACUCGUCAUAGUUUCACUGAUCACCUUCAUAAGGCCCUCAUUCAUGCCAAUAUCACUACCUUCUUGGACAAUGAAGAGAUUGAAACAGGAGAAGAUCUGAAACCAGAAUUGGAGAGUGCGAUUAAGGCAUCUCGGGCUUCUAUUAUAGUGUUGUCUAAGAAUUACGUGUCUUCAACAUGGUGCCUUGAUGAAUUGGUGUUGAUCCUUGAGCAGCGUAUGACAUCCAACCAUAUUGUCAUCCCAAUCUUCUAUCAUGUGGAGCCCACCCAUGUCAGGAAGCAGCAAAGUAGCUUUGGAGAUGCAAUGGCUAAGCAUAAACAAACAAUGGAGGCAGAGACAAAUGUAAAUAAAAGAAGUCAAUGGGCUCAAAAGAUGGACCGAUGGAAUAAAGCGCUUAUAGAAGCUGCUAAUUUAAAAGGAUAUGAUGUUCAUGGAAGGCUAGAGACGGAAUUUAUUGAAGAGAUUGUGAAGGACAUCCACCGUAGGUUACAUGUACGCUCAAGGAGUGUUCGGCAACAACUUAUUGGGAUGGAAUAUCAUAUUAAGUUCAUCACUUCAUGGUUGAAAUAUGGAUCCUCACAUACGGCAGACAUACUCACUAUUACGGGAAUCGACUGGAUCGGGAAGACAUACUCACUAUUACGGGAAUCGGCUGGAUCGGGAAGACAUCGUUAGCCAAACAUAUCUAUGACCUAUAUUGGCAUGAAUUCAGCACAAGCAGUUGUAUUGAAGAUAUCAGUAGGAGAUGUGAUGGAAAGUUUAAUGGGCUGCUUGAUAUACAAAAACAACUCUGGGAUGACAUUUCAAAAAAAAAAGUUCAAUUCAAAUUCAUAAUGUUUCAGCAUACACCUCAAAGAUAGAGAAUGCAUUAGCCCGCAAACGGGUCUUUAUAGUUCUUGAUGAUAUCAAUACUAUUGAUCAGUUGGAUGCAUUACUCGGAAACAAAGGUUUUCAUCCCGGAAGCAAAAUUAUAUUAACAACAAAGGAAAGAUGGAUAACACAGAGUUUUGCACUAUUCAAAACAAAUAUUAAACCUAAGCAUGUAGAACGCUUCCGUAAAGGCUUAUGUAGGACUGAAUCAUGCCAGCUUUUGUGUUCCCAUGCAUUCAUGUGCAACCAUCCCAAGGCAGGUUAUGAAGAGGUGUUAGAGAAGCUUGUGAAGUAUUGCCAAGGACAUCCAUUGGCUCUCAAAGUUUUGGGCAAGUCGUUACAUAAUCGAGAUGUAGCUUACUGGGAAGGGUGCAUACAUGGGCUAAAAAAAGAAACAAAUUCAUACAUAAAUAAUGUCUUGAGAAUGAGCUUUGAAUCUUUGCCAUCUAACAAUGAUAAGGAAUUGUUUAAGCAUAUUGCUUGUUUUUUUGUUGGAAUGGAUAGAGAUGUUACCGAAACAAUAUUAGAGGCAUGCAAUAUAAACACGAGAUACGGAAUCAUUAAUCUCAUUAACAGAUGCCUUCUUAGUAUAGGACGGAAAAUGAAUUUAAGAUGCAUCAGUUGGUUCAAGAGAUGGGAAGAUUCGAAGUACUUCAAGAAUCACUUGACAAGCCAUGGAAGCGCAGUCGAUUAUGGUGUCAUGAGGAGUCGUUCAAAGUAUCAAAGAAAGAAAAGGGUAAGGGAAAUAUUCUAGGCCUUGCCUUGGACAUGCGAAUGGUUGAGAAAGAGAAGUCAGGUGCAUCAUUUGAGUUAGAUACGUUGAGUAACAUGGAUAAUCUGAUGCUCCUACAACUCAAUUAUGUGCACAUGAAUGGUUCUUAUGAAAACUUUCCGGAAGAAUUAAGAUGCUUAUGUAUGCAUGGGUACCAUUUAAAUUCUAUACCUUUAAAUUUACCAAUGGAGAAUCUGGUUGCUCUUGACAUGUCAUAUAGUAAUAUUGAAUCCUUUGUCUUUUGUGAUAGUAAUCCACAACGACAUGAAAAGAGACAAAAGUUAAGCGGAUCAUGCUUAAAACAAAAAAGGGUACUUGGAUCAUUGAAGAUUCUUAAUUUAAGUUUUUGUAAACAACUUCGUAGUCUUGGUGACUUUGACCAACUCCCUGCUCUUGAGAGGUUAAUAGUUAGGAAUUGCAUUGGUUUGAAUGAGGUUUGUGAAUCAAUUGGGCAAUGUGUUAAACUUGUCUUAAUCGAUCUGAGCUACUGCAACAAGCUUGAAAAAAUUCAAAAAAUCACAAGCAUGUUAGCGAAUGUUAAAAUAAUGUUCCUAGAGGGUUGUAAUCUUGGGGAAUCACGAAUCAAGAUUAGGGAUAUUGAUUUACAAGAAAGGCUCAAGGCUAACGACAUUGACGUAAAUACAAUAACCUCUUCCUCUGCCUUUGGGGGUGCUAUACCAAGUGAUUUGAAGUUCUCUGCAUUUUCUUUACCUAGGUCUUUAGUAAGUUCUCUGCACUUCAGUUGCCUAUCCAUGCUAAAGCAUUUAUAUUUAGACGGAAAUCUUAUCGAUUCCAUGCCCAUUUGUGUGAGAACCCUUCCUAGGCUUGAGAUACUUAGCAUGACAGUACAAAAAAAAUGUCAAUUAGUAACCAAAACGAUAUGGUCACUAACAAUAGAAUGCAUCGUCACUAAAUGAUUUAGUGACGAAAAUUCCGGUCGACACUUUUCGUCACUAUAGGUCCGUCACAAAACCGAUUUAGUGACCAAAUAUAAAUAUGGUCACUAAAUAGUGACUAAAAUAUACUCGUCACUAAAUCUGUGACAACCCACUUCGUCACUAAAUGUUGUCACUAUUUUAUCUACUUAGUGACCAAUAAAAGUCGUCACUGUUUAAUCCGAUUAGUGACCAGAGAAAAUGGUCACUAUUUAAUAUGAUUGGUGACCAUAGAAAGUGGUCACUGUUUAAUCCGAUUAGUGACCAUAGUAGGUGGUCACUGUUUAAUCCGAUUAGUGACCAUACCAAGUCAUCACUGAUUUAUCCUAUGAGACACAAAAAGGGGUCAAUAAUUAAGAAAUUAUUGAAAUAUUAAAUUUCAUUUUUAAUAUGAAAUAUAACAAUAUCCAAUUAGAUAAAAGAAAAAA